UCAUUUGAGUACGAUCGCGUGUUGAGGUGGAUAACAUGACCGUUGGGAUUCAAAUUCAAAGCUGAGAGCUUGAACCCACGUUCAAUUCAAAGGUUGCAACUUGCAACACCUCCGCCAGAAGAAUAACCAUUAUAACAAAAAAGAAAACAAAAUCCGCGGAGAAGGAAGAAAGAAGGCAUGAGAAGCGUUAUUCUGCAGUCGAAGUCAAAGUCCAUAUCGGAAGAAGAAAACCGUGACAGCAGCUGCUACUUCCCUGAUUGCAAGAAAAAUGCGAAUUGCAAGUGCGAAAUGUGCUUGGCCAGCAUCAGUGCCACCCUUGAUCUCAUGCCCACAACCACAAGCGUCCACAAAAGCACCCUCACCAAACCCAAUCUUCACUGCACCCCUAUCUCCUUUGAUGCUUCCAUUCUCUCCACACCCACAUCAACCACUGAUUUUCAGCCAUCUCCAUCCACUCCUCUCUUCAAAUCCACUGCCACAUCAGACUCAACCCAUAGAAUGGAAAAACACGCCAAGGAACAAACUUCUUGUUUCAGUUUCUUCAAGUUGCUACUCUUUUUGGGAAUCUUCUUAUCUGCGGACCUUGUUUUCCCCUUGCUGGCUUCUGGGGUUUUUCAACCUUCUUUGUCACCGGAUGUGGUGAAAAGGGUCGGUGAGAAAUGCAGCCGAGUGCAUGAUUUGAAUGGAAAGUUGAGGCUUUUGCAGAAAGAGUUGGCAAGUGUUGUUGGGGGUCAAGUUUCCAAUUGUAGCUUCACUGAUACCUUAUGGGAAAUCAGCCAGGAUGGCCUGCUAUUGAAUUCAAGGUGCACACUGUACAAAUCAGCAAUAGAAGAGGUAACAAUUUGGGGAUGGCCUCUGCAAACAGCAGGAUUGCUCACAAAUGGGUUAUCUUUUCGAACAUUGACUAUCUUAUCAGGAAGAGUCACUCAGUGGAGUGAUGGACAUGGUUAUUUGACUCGGAAGGCCAACACAUCAUGGGUGCAACCAAAAUGGGGUGCUUCAGCAGUUCAAUUAGACCCCAACACUUGGGUUCUUGAAUAUCAACGGAGCUUUAUCUUUGAUGAUACGAGGUUGUAUUCUGCCGCAUUGGAGUUCCUCAAAUAUAAGAUUUCAAGAAUUGUUUGCUGGCUGAAGAAAGAUUUCUGGUUGUUGGUCGCUUUUGAAAAUAACCAGUACAAUGGAUUCAUAGCAAACAAUGGGCUUCAAAUCCCAACUUGAAUGAAUGGAAGAUUUUGGAGUUAACUCUUACUCGAUCACCAUAAAUCCUGCCCUCAUCUCUUAUGAGGAGUUCCAUUUUCUUUUGUUUAGGUUCUUUAGUUUGGAUUUAUGUUUUAGUUUAUAAUAUUCAUUUGUAUAUGAAUUGAUUGAACCUUCCGACUUUGCCCAGUCAUGAUAUAUUUAUAUAUUUGAAUAUUAUAACUCCAUCUUCAAGGAAGAAUAUAUGGUAAAUUUGAUUGA